GAACCAGGGCUCAUGCGGCAGCUGCUACGCUUUCUCGUCCGUCGGCAUGAUGGAGGCCCGCCUGCGCCUGCGAACCAACAACACAGUCCAGACCAUGCUGUCCCCCCAGGACGUGGUGAGCUGCUCCGGCCUGUCGCAGGGCUGCGACGGCGGCUUCCCCUACCUCAUCGCCGGCCGCUACGCCCAGGACUACGGCCUGGUGGACGAGCAGUGCGCGCCCUACACCGGCAAGGACAGCAGCUGCCCCCGCGAGAGCUGCGACCGCGUGUACUCGUCCGGCUACCGCUACGUGGGAGGCUACUACGGUGGCUGCAACGAGGCCGAGAUGAAGCUGGCCCUCGUGCAGAACGGCCCCGUGUCCGUGAGCUUCGAGGUGCACCCCGACUUUAUGCACUACAAGAGCGGCGUGUACCAUCGCGUCGCCCUCGAGAGCGAGCUGGAUCCACCUCCGUACUUCGAGGAGGUGAACCACGCCGUGCUCCUGGUGGGCUACGGCGUCGACCCGUCCGGCGAGAAGUACUGGAUCGUGAAGAACAGCUGGGGCCAGGACUGGGGCGAGAACGGCUUCUUCCGCAUUCGUAGAGGAGUCGACGAGGUUGGAAUCGAGAGCAUCGCCGUCGAGGCCGACGUAAUCCCCUUCUAGGAGACCUGCCACUAACUUAUGACCACCGUUCGAGACGAAUCUUCAUCGUUAUACUUUCUGAUCCAGUGUAAAAACAACAUAAUGGAUUAAAUAAAUGUUUCGUACUUUUA